CUGAAACGCCUCCAUCACGAAGAUCAUCACUGAGAAACCCCUGACCACUGAGAAGCACCGCCCAAGAUGCCCGGUUUCGCGCAGGCAAACGAGUUGCCAGCAUGGAAGGCGCUUAUGGAGCACCACGACAAGCUGGGUCGUGGAAUGGUGCUUAAGAGCGAGUUCGAGAAAGACCCUCAACGCUUCCAAAAGUACAGCCGCACCUUCGCCAACGAGGCCGACGGCAGCAAUAUCCUCUUCGACUUCUCCAAAAACUUCCUCACAAAUGAGACCCUUCCGCUCCUCGUCAAGCUGGCAAAGGAGGCCAAGCUCGAGGAGCUGCGAGACGACAUGUUCAAGGGCGAGAAGAUCAACUUCACCGAAAACCGUGCUGUCUACCACGUGGCUCUCCGAAACGUCAAGAACGACCCAAUGCAGGUCGAUGGCGAGAGUGUGGUUGAGGUCGUCAACGAGGUGCUCGACCACAUGAAGGAGUUCACUGAGCAAGUUCGCUCUGGUGACUGGAAAGGAUACACGGGCAAGCCAAUUGACACCAUCGUCAACAUUGGUAUCGGUGGCUCAGAUCUCGGACCAGUCAUGGUCACUGAGGCACUCAAGCCAUACGGCAAGCAGGGCAUGAAGCUCCACUUCGUCUCCAACAUCGAUGGCACCCACAUCGCUGAGGCGCUCAAGGACAGCAACCGCGAGACCACUCUUUUCCUCAUCGCAUCCAAGACUUUCACCACCGCAGAGACCGUCACCAACGCCACCUCAGCAAAGAAGUGGUUCCUCGAGAAGGCUAGCGAAGGCGAUGUCGCAAAGCACUUCGUUGCUCUCUCGACCAACACCAAGGAGGUCGAGAAGUUCGGCAUCGACAGCAAGAACAUGUUUGGCUUCAGCGACUGGGUUGGUGGCCGAUACUCUGUGUGGUCCGCCAUCGGCCUCUCUGUCGCGCUAUACAUUGGCUUCGACAACUUCAGGCAAUUCCUUGCUGGUGGAAACGCCAUGGACCACCAUUUCAAGACUGCUCCGCUUGAGGAGAACAUCCCAGUCAUCGGAGGUCUGCUCAGUGUGUGGUACUCUGACUUUUUCGGUGCUCAGACACAUCUCGUUUCUCCAUUCGACCAGUACAUGCACCGCUUCCCAGCAUAUCUCCAACAACUCUCUAUGGAGUCUAACGGCAAGGCAAUCACUCGAAGCGGCGACUACGUGAAAUACACGACUGGAGCGAUCCUCUUCGGCGAGCCUUGCACGAACGCACAGCACUCUUUCUUCCAGCUUCUGCAUCAGGGCACGAAGCUUAUCCCAGCCGACUUCAUCAUCGCCGCCAAGUCGCACAACCCCGUCGAGAACAACAAGCACCAGCACAUGCUUGCAUCGAACUUCUUCGCUCAGGCCGAGGCUCUCAUGAUCGGAAAGACCCCAGACACUGUCAAGGCGGAAGGCGCUGCCGACGAGCUUGUGCCACACAAGGUGUUCUUGGGUAACCGCCCAACCACAAGCAUCAUUGCCGAGAAGAUCACACCUGGUGCCCUCGGCGCACUCAUUGCUUACUACGAGCACGUCACAUUCACUGAAGGUGCUAUCUGGAACAUCAACUCAUUCGACCAGUGGGGUGUGGAGCUCGGCAAGGCUCUUGCCAAGAACAUUCAAAGCGAGCUCGACAACGCAGGCGAGAGCAGCAAGCACGACAGCUCGACUUCAGGGCUCAUCAACGCCUUCAAGAAGAUGGGUGGAAUCCCAUGAAUUAAGGAGAAGGGAAAUUUGGAUGUCAGGGAGACAGCAAAGCUUUGAAGAUGUCUUGUGCUAAUAAGUGGCACUGCAGUGUGCUCACGACUGGGCUGGGCUCGGUUCGAGAAGCAUGUACCUUUGAGACGAGAGAUGAGAUACUUAUGCAGAAGAAAAGCUCACAUAGAGGCAUGAACAUGGUUUGCCAUAGCCCGG